GGGUGGGUCUGUACACGUGACAAUGCAGCUCACCAAAGAAAAGGCAAGCGGUAACCUUUUUUUGGUUCCCUUACAGCUUUUCAAUUCAAUGGCAACCGAUCAGACUAAAGCUACACCCUCUUGGGGUAAAUUGCUUAUUUGCGGCACCACAGCAUGGGAUGUUAUCAACAGAAAGAACAAAGCAACAGAAGAGACUGAAAGCCAAAUUCUACUCUCUCCCCAUGUGGUGCGCGAUUUAGUUGACAUCAAAGUGGUCAAAGCCGUAACAGGUCCAACAGCAUGUCACUCUGUCAUUAUAUCUGAACGUGGCCAUGCUUGGGUAUUUGGUCGCAAUGAAAGAGGUCAAAUGGGAACCAAGUCCAAGAAUUGCCAAGAUUUCCCUGUCAAAGUCACUUCUAUCGCAGAAAAUCGUCAAUCAAUUGGUACCAGAAAAAUUGUUGGCGCUGCAACUGGAAGGAACCAUACAUUGUUGCUCUGUGAUUCGGGAGAAGUUUUUGCAGCUGGUGACAAUCGCUUGGGUCAGUUGGGCUUGACAGAUUUGAACGACCAUAUUACCUUCAAACCCGUCACUUCUCUGGCUGGCAAAAAAAUCGUUCAGGUUGCUUGUGGAGCCGAAUUUAGCUUGGUGUUGACUGAUAAGGGCCAAAUCUUUGCCUUUGGAUCUCAAGAGUAUGGCCAACUUGGUAAUGGUAGCGAUGGACAAUAUAUCAAGACAGCAGGAAAAAUGUCGACUAGUCCACAACCUUAUCCAUUGGCUGUCAGAGGACUUCAGAACCAGGAAAUUACCGAAAUUGCAUGUGGUGCCAAUCACUCUUUGGCGAAAGAUAAAGAUGGUCAUGUUUAUUCUUGGGGUUUCGGUGGCUACGGCCGUCUUGGCCAUGGCGAGCAGAAGGAUGCUAUGGUCCCUCAGUCCAUUUCCUUCUUUGCUGGGUCCAAUGAAUUAUCUAGAUGCCAUACUAUUACUUGUGGUGCAACUUGCAGCAUGGCCCUCGAUAACCAAAAACAAGUCUUAUUAUGGGGCAAAUGGAAGAACACUGGCGAUGGUAGCGCCGGCCAGCCAUGGAUGCAACCUAAGUACAUUUAUGACUUGAAUGGUUGGAAAAUGAAAGAUAUUUCUGCAGGUAGUCAAAGUCUUCUUGCGAUAGCUGAAGAAGAUCCCACUGCCAUCGCUUGGGGACAAGUCCAGAGUAGCGAACUUGGCUUUGGAGAAGAGUCAAGUGUAAAGUCGGCUACUAGACCACAAAAAAUCGAACCCCUGGAAGGCAUUCCCCUCAUAAGUAUUUCUGGUGGCAUGGGUCAUACUAUGUUCAUUGCCCAGCCCGGUGAAGAAAAAAUCCAGGAUCUGCCAAAAUGGCCAGCCAUGCCAGAGUAUGAAGGAGGAUGUGUCAAGUGUGGCAAAGGCGAUAAUGAAGAGCAAAUUUUACUUUGCGACAAGUGUGACAACCCACUGCAUACAUACUGUGCCGUACCGCCAUUAAAGGAUAUACCUGAGGGAGAUUGGUACUGCGAUUCUUGCCAUCCCAAUGGCCAUUCAGCUGAUUCCGAAGACGAAGGAGCUGGCAAGGCAGGCAAACGAAGCCAAGAAGGCAGUUCCAGCAAAGCCAAGAAGCAGAAGAGAGGAUAAAGCCGUUGUAAUUAGUGCAUGAUAGCCCAUACAAAAAAAAUAUAAAAAAAAAAUUACGUGGUGUGAACCAUGCUUCUUCCACUGCGUACCAGUGACAUUUCAUCA